AUGACUAGUGAGGUGAGUAGUAGUAACGUUUCCAAUAGCGAGGCUCAACGCGGGUUGUAUUACCCGUUUCCGGGGGGUAAACCUGGAGUGACACUUACAUCGUCUUGCUCUUCGACAUCGGAAUCUAUGGCGGACGGAUCUGCUUCUUGUUCAUCGUCGACUUCUUCGCCUUCUUCGAUGGAAAAAGGGCAGAGCGGUAGUCCAAUUUGUAAGAACUGUUUGACUUCUACGACGCCAUUAUGGAGGCGAGAUGAGAAUGGAGCAUUGCUGUGUAACGCAUGUGGGCUAUUUUUGAAAUUGCAUGGGAGACCAAGACCUAUUAGUCUCAAGACUGACGUGAUCAAGUCGCGGAAUCGCAAGGGAACACAUCACCAUCAGCACCAGCAAAGUGAUUCUGUGGUUGAGAAACAGCAUACGAGGACUCAUAGCGAUGAAAAAAAGAGGAAACUGCCUGUGCAACCGGUUUUGAAGAAACAACGGGUUGUAGAGGACAAUGAAUCCAAGGAUAUUUGUUCUGCAGCCAACACGUUGGAAAUAUUAAUGUCAGGAGACUCUAUGAAGCCUAAGAUCGAGCCCAAAUUGCCUCCAUCGCAAGCCAAUACACAACUACCGCAUUUGUCGACUUUACUGGGCGAUGUCAGAAGUCAGUCAAACCCACCUGUGAGUCUCGUCGAUCAACCAAUGGAAACUAGCAAAUCAUUACAUUUUGAGCCCAAAAACAAACCUUACAUUCAUGAAAGCAUCCCAGUCUCUACAAGUAGCAGUACAUCGUCGCUUGUACGAGGUAACUCGAUAUCACAGAGAUAUAAUUCACCACCAAGGGCGCAAACGCCGCCAGCGGGGUCCGCACAACGAGUUUCAACACUUCCUGCUCCAGUGAAUGUGCCAUUGCCAUGCAACGAACCACAAGAGAAGCUCCCGCUAAACACAGUUCUGCAAAAUGAAGAAGAUGUGAUAAAAUUGAAGACAAGAAUUAAUGAGCUUGAACUCGUAACGGAUCUUUACAAGAGACACAUAUUCGAGCUUGACGAGAAGUGCAAAACAUUGCAAUGUGAGAUACAAAGUUUGAGGAACUGA